GAAAGGGCAGAGCAAGAGAGAGAAGCAGCUCCUUUACUCUGAGAAAGCAGCCAGCUGAUCACACAAGAGGCAGAAUGAAAGCCUUCCUCCUCACCAUUGCUGCAGUGCAGAUUCUCCACUGCUCAGGAAUACCGAGCCCUAAGGAUGCUCUGAGAGCGUCUGUUAUAAAACUGAACCAAAUCACCGAGACCAGCAAUCUGUGUGGGAUAACCAGGAGAAGGGUGAAGGAUAUUCAUCGCACAGGGAAAUUGUCUUACAGCAUGGAUAUAGCAUUCUCUGUGAAAGAAACCAUCUGCUCCAAGAAUUCUGGACUGGAAUUUGAUGAUCCCAGCUGUCACUUCUAUCCCAAAAAGACUGCAGAGAGAGGUUUGUGCAAAAGCCAUGUUGAAUAUUUUGCCGAUGAGGUUGUUGACAUUGAUGUAGAGUGUCGAGGGUUGAAGACAGUGGACAGCAACAGUGACUCAUCAGAAUCAAAUGAAAACAGUGUUGAGGUCGAAACCAAAUCAAAAGAGAAAUCAAUUGAGAAGUCCUCAAAAGUGAAAAAGCAUUCAACAGAAGCAUCACUCGAAGACUCUCCCGAUGAGCAUAGCAAGUCAACAGAAACAUCAUUCGAUGUAUCUUCAAAUGAACUCCAUGAUUCAAGAGCCCGGCACUAACGAGGAAUAAAACUUCUGAAAAGCCGCACUUGGUGUCAACGCCACAUCACAUUCUGAUUAACGAAGAUGAGCUAUUAUAUUUUACUCGAUCAUAUAUUAAACUAAGGGGACCUGAGGUUCCUGCUUGUACAUUUCAUUGUGACUGGGAUAUUUUAUAGUUUGUAAAUGUUCUGUUUUUCAUUGUAUAUUGUUGU